CCGUAGCCGACGGUCAUGUUUUCGUAUUUAUUACCGCAGUCACAAAUACAACGGGCUUUAAGAGAAUGAUAUCGUUAAAGGCGAGUGUUGAAAACGUUGUAUCGGGGCUUAGAUAUUAUAGCCAAAGGCAUUGAUGACACCAAAACCAAAGCUACAACGAAUACUGUAGUAACCCGUGCAAGUUGGGAACAUUCAUUUAAACAUAGAGAGUGAACAUGUAUGGACGCUUUAGUCAAAUAUGUGAACACAGAAAAGAAUUAACUAGAUAUAUUGUUAAGUAAAGGAGGAUGUACACCGACAUGUUAUCAAAUAUAGAAAGUGUUACACAAGCAGGCGAAAGUUUUAACUCGAAAAAAGCUGGAACUAUGAUCGGACCUAACGCCACUGCCAGAACUUCUGAUUAUGAAUAUGUUGACAACGGUAUCCCGGUUCAGGACAAGAAUAUAUAUCCUUUUAAUAAGAAAAGUUAUAUGCACAAUGAAAUGGAGAUAUCCAAGGAUUUUAUUUCGGACUACUCUAUGUACAAGUCUGCGCUGAAUAAGUGUAAUGACACACUCCACAAGAUAACCAACCCAAACGAUGGAGGGUUGUACUGCAAUGCUACCUGGGACAAAUUGCAGUGCUGGGGAUAUGUUAAAGCCGGAGAGACCGCCAUUCAACCUUGCCCAACCUAUAUGCGCCUGUCCAACCCAUUAGCCUAUUCCAUAAAGGUGUGCAACAGCGAUGGGACAUGGUUCCGUCACCCACGGAGUAACAAAGUCUGGACAAACAUCACAAUGUGCUACGACCAUGAAGUGGUAGAGAGGAACAAACGGGUUUUGUACAUGUACUUCUACGGGUUUAGCAUCUCGAUAGCUCUGCUAAUAAUAUCACUCAUCAUUUUCUCAGUGUUCAGACGACUGAAGUGUGUUCGCGUGACUCUUCACAAGCACAUGUUUUUGUCGUACAUCCUAACAGGGGGACUGUGGAUUCUCUACUACAGAAUAGUCUCCAUGAACCCAGAAGUAUUGCUUCAAAAUCCGGUAUGGUGCAAAGUGCUUCACGUUCUUACACACUAUAUGACGGUCAGUAACUACGCCUGGAUGUUUUGUGAAGGCUUCUAUAUGCACGCUUUGAUUGUCUUCGCGUUCACCAAAGACAAAAAGCUUCUGUUCACGUGCUACAUUAUCGGAUGGGUUCUACCGGUAAUACCCACCAUUAUCUAUACCGUCCUGAGAGCGAUAGAUAUCAAUCAAAUGGGGGACAAUGACAGAUGCUGGAUAAGGGAUACUACGCUACUCUGGAUUCUGGCCGGUGUCAUAAAUGCCUCUUUAGUAGUAAACUUCAUUUUUACCAUCAACAUCAUGCGCAUUUUGGUGUCGAAACUACGGUCUGACCACAACCACGAGACGAUGCAGGCGAGGCGAGCUGUGAGGGCGACCUUCAUCCUUAUUCCGUUGCUAGGGUUACAAUAUAUCGCGUUCCCGUUUAAGCCGCCCCCUGGGACAAAGGGUGAACACGUGUACGCCAUGGUUUCUGCAUUCGUCAUCUCUUUCCAGGGCGUCUUCGUUGCACUCGUAUUCUGCUUCUUCAAUGGCGAGGUAAUCGAAUGUUUCAAGAAGCUCUACUACCGCCGGAAACUCCGCUUGUCCUCCAUUCCGAGCAGGCUAUCAGGCUCCAAGUUCGGGGAACACGAAACUAUGCUGAGAACGUUAGACACGAGAGACGCCAGAUGCGACGCUCAGACGACAAACUUUGUCACGCCUUUGAACAACAAUCCGGCGAAUAAAACUGACGAUUCUAUGAAGCACACUUGAUAUAAGCGUGCCGUUGGAACUUCAGGAGAAAUGGCUUACCGCGUACUGUCACGUUCGGCAGAAAAUAUAUAGAGAUCACGAAGUCCCUUUGUUCUUGUGAAAGAACAAAAAUGGAUAUUGAACGGAAAAGAACGUAAAUUGUAGGACGAUUAAAUUAAAUGUGAAAUGUCCGGCUUGAGGUUUUCAUUAGACACAAUGUUCAUGUUGUGCGAGCGUUAGACGCCGAGAACGUGUUAUAACUAAACAAAAAAGGAUAUUGGAUAACAUGCGAGGUAUUGCCAAUUUUUAGCUUGAUUUUAACACAUUGACAUUGAUAUUGCAUAUUUAAGGCGUACAAUCAUUUAGUCAUAGAUGACGCACUGAAAAUUCAUAAAUUAAUCCAUGCAUCGUAAGUCAUAGACAAAUAGCAAGGUCAAGUGAACCGUGGUUCCCGAGUCUCAUUACAGAAGUAAAAUAUUCGAAUAUUAAUAACCAGAUAAUAUUUUUCUUUUCCUGAUCGCAUCAUUAUUGCAACGGUGAAUUUUUUGUUUGUUGGUCUAUUUUAUUGACUUUUAAUUUAACGAUACUUUGGUUUCUUUGCACAAUAGUUGAGAAAAAUAUGCUUAUUAAUGAAAUACGACGUGUCCAGGCUUUCAAAUUUUGAGCUUAAAGUAAAUUUAAAUUAAAUCUACGACCGAAUGUACUUUCCUGCCAUAGGUUAUAUACGUACACAGUUUGAACAACUAGAUAUCCAAUGCCACGGUACGCAACUAUGCAAAAUACACAUCCCUCGUCUAUUUUCAUGUCCACUCCCAUCAAAAAAUAACCAUAAACACAAAAAAGAUAUGAAAAGAAAAAAAGAACUCUUACAGUCUCCAAAAUAUCAUGUUACUUAA